ACCAUUUGGUGUCGCUCAUUAACAGGGAUAAACUGGAAAUAGCGUAUGAAAAGUGAAUGGAAACCGUUUUGGUUAGGGCCACAACCGGAGAAAGGGAUAAACGGCAAUUGGCUUUUGGCGUGGGUAUUGCUUGCACUAAAACUUUAGGACUAUUUAUGGAGGAUUGAGAGGGAAAGAUAGCAGUGUUCAUCCCCCGUUAUCCAUUUUAGUCUUGCAGUAAUUCCGACAAGGAUGGAACUUCAUCUUCAUCAUCGAAUUUAGAGGCAUUUAGGUGACCAACAGUGCCAAACUCUCUCCACCACCAGGCAGAAUUAUUGCUGCGAAACUACUACCCAAGUUUCUCGUGUUACUCCCAGUGUCCUUAGAGGAAACAAGAUGGAAGUAGUAAAGGAGUUAAAGGAUUGUUUGCAUUUUAUAUUCACAGUACAAUUCUGGAGAAUGGCAGUUCUGUGGACAGUUGCUUUAGUUUUUUCCUAUUUAAAGUUGUUUUCCUCAACGUUUUUACUGCCGAAGGCCAAAUACUACUCUCGUCGUUCUUUAAAAGACUGUAUUUCUGCCUCAGCACCUGUAACGAGGCCCGUCUGCAUAAUCACUGGGGCUACCUCUGGUUUGGGUGCUGCAGCUGCUUAUGCUCUUUCAAUGGAAGGCUUUUACAUCAUUCUUGCUGGAAGAUCCUCUGAACUGCUAUCAAAGGUUACAUCUGAUAUCAAGAGAAGAAACAAUGAUGCUUGCCUGAAAGCUUUUCAGGUUGAUAUAACUUCCUUCGAGUCAAUCCUGAAGUUCAAAUGCUCACUUCAGCAGUGGCUAUUGGAUUCAAACAUGCAUUCUUCUAUUCAACUCCUGAUAAAUAAUGCUGGGAUACUGGCAACAUCCUGCAGACUCACUUCCGAAGGCUACGAUAAGAUGAUCGCAACUAAUUAUAUUGGUGCAUUUUGUCUUACCAAAGUUCUUCUCUCUUUACUGGAAAAUAGCAUUGUCCCCUCUCGUGUGGUUAAUGUCACAUCCUUUACACAUUGGACUGUACGGUCCAUGCAGGUGGACAGAGGAACUAUGAAGUGUUUUUCAAAAUCAAAGUGCUACCCCUUUGCUCAUAUAUACGAGUAUUCUAAAUUAUGCCUUUUGCUGUUUUCAUAUGAGCUACAUCGACAAGUUGCCCAAACGGAGAAAUCUCAUAAGCUAUCUGUAGUUGCCGUGGAUCCUGGAGCCGUGAAAACCAAUAUUAUGCGGGAAAUUCCUUCAGGCAUUUCACAAUUGUCAUAUAUAGUCUUGAAAUUUUUGGGCCUUCUCCAAUCUCCUGAAAAUGCAGUAUGCUCAAUUCUUGAUGCUGCCCUUGCUUCUCCAGAAAUAUCAGGAGUCUACUUCUUUGGAGGAAAUGGUAGAACUCUGAAUUCAUCAGCUCUUUCUUAUGAUGUGGGACUCUCUAAGGAUCUUUGGGAUACUUCUUGUAACCUGUUCCGAGAAUUGCAUCGUGCUGCCAAGGACACUUCAACACAAGCGUGAAAGCAUAUUGUGACGGGUAAAGUUUUCAUUAAUGAAUGUAGAGUCGAGUUCUCAUCAUCUUCUUUUUUCUUCUUUUUUCGAGAAGCCUUUUUAUUAUGCGAGCUAGUCUCAGAUGUGUAACGACACCCUAGUUCAAUAUAGAUUUGCCAAUUCUGCAAGUGCUCUAGGUUCUUGAUUAGGCACAUAAUUUAUAGCAUAUAACAGGGUGGAGAAAAUGAGCAUUGGAAUUGUAUGGAUCUUCAUAAAAUAGUAUUAGAAAUUUAUCAGUAAUUCUAUAUAGUU